AUGGCCAGCGCUUGCCCGGACCUCCUCCUUGCCUCCCGAGACAAGCCCCGCUGGGACGCCGACGCCCGCAGGACCCACAGCCAGGCCUGCACGGGCAAGAGCCGGCUGAGCGUGCAGGAGAAGCUCGACAUCGUGUGCAUGUACUACUCGGCGCCGUCGUCGACGAGGUGCCGGAGGACGGUGCACCAGUGGGACAUCGCGAGGAUGUACGGGAAGAGCCGUGCGGCGAUCAGCAAGGUGCUGAGGCCGGAGUACGCGAGGAGGGUGAUGAUGACGGCAGAGGGGCUUCAGGCGAAGAAGCGAGCAGGGGUAAUGAGGAGCAUUAGGGAGGAGACGAGGAGGAAGCAGCAGCAGCAGCAGCAGCAGCAGCAGCAGCAGCAGCAGCAGCAGCAGCACAAGAGGAGAACUGACUUGAGGAGCUUUGUUUUGAGUUAA